CGUUUGUCGAAGCUUUGACAUGUUUUAACCGAUAAUUUGACUGCCUUACUGUUUGUAUUUCGCACCGGGGAAACGUCCCCGGUGGUGUGCGCUACGUCAAGGAAGCAACCGUGACCGCUCACCAGAAAGGGGAAAAAAAGCAGGCAGAAUGGCUGAGCCGGAGCUCCUGCUGGACUCCAACAUCCGACUGUGGGUGGUGUUGCCCAUUGUCUUCAUCACCUUUCUCGUCGGGGUCAUACGCCACUAUGUGUCCAUUCUUCUUCAAAGUGACAAAAAGUUGACUUUAGAGCAGGUGUCAGACAGCCAGGUCCUCAUUCGGAGCAGAAUCCUCAGAGAAAAUGGAAAAUACAUUCCUAAACAAUCCUUCUUAAUGAGGAAGUUCUACUUCAAUAAUCAAGAAGAUGGAUUCUUCAAGAAAACAAAAAGAAAGGUCGUUCCGCCCUCUCCAAUGACUGAUCCAAGCAUGCUGACAGACAUGAUGAAAGGAAACGUGACCAAUGUGCUUCCCAUGAUCCUGAUCGGAGGCUGGAUCAACUGGACCUUUUCUGGAUUUGUAACGACUAAAGUCCCUUUCCCGCUCACGCUCCGCUUCAAGCCCAUGCUGCAACAAGGAAUAGAACUGCUGUCACUGGAUGCUUCCUGGGUGAGCUCAGCAUCAUGGUAUUUCCUGAAUGUCUUUGGAUUGCGAAGCAUGUACUCGUUAAUCCUCGGCCAGGACAAUGGUGCAGAUCAGUCAAGGAUCAUGCAGGAGCAGAUGAGUGGGGCUGCCAUGGCCAUGCCUGCAGACACAAAUAAAGCUUUCAAGGCAGAAUGGGAGGCCCUGGAACUGACUGACCAUCAGUGGGCACUGGAGAAUGUGGAGGAGGAUCUGAUGAGGAUGGAGCUGGACUUUGACGGCAUGUUUAGCAAGGAGCUGCCCACUGGUAUCUUCUGAAACCCUCGUAGUUUCUCCUCCGAGGGGGGCUCGAAUGCAAGGAUUUUAUUUUUUACAAAACACUGAGAUUGGACAAAUCCCUCCCUAUUAUGCAAUGUUUACAUUCCUUUUGUUUGAGGUCCUUUGACCGUAAGAUGUACUAACUUUUCAUGACUUAGAAUGUCUCAGAGAAAACAUGUCCUGUUUUUGGAUUAUAGUUCGCUUGCAAAAUACACUACUCACAAAACAGGCCUACUCAAGAGCUGAACAGCAAAAUUCACAACAGAUGGAUCUGUGAAUGGACUUGUAAUUUUCUCAGUUCAAUUACGAUUGAAUUGAAAUCAUUUUUUCAUGGCGGCACGGUGGACAACUGGUUGCAUGUUUUCACCGGGCACUCUGGUUUCUUCCGACAUCCCAAAAACAUACAUUAAUCAGAGACUCUAAAUUGCCCUUAGGCAUGAUUGUGAGUGUGAAUUGUUGUUUGUUUCUGUGUGACCUGCGAUUAGCUGCCAACCAGUUCAGGGUGUACCCCUGCCCCUCCUUCCCGAAGAUUGCUGGGAGAGGCUCCAGCGUUCCCGCGACCCUUGUGAGCAUUAAGUGGCUCAGAUAAUGGAUGGAUAGACAGUCUUUUCAUCAUGCUUUUAUCAGUUUGACAUUGAGACAAGGCAGUCCCUAAAAUUAAACAACAGUACCUCGCCGACAGGAUGUUCUUAGAGGUAAAGUGGCCCUUGAGCCUAAUGUAACAGAGUGUAAUCAGCAGGUCGCAACAGAAAUGCAAAGAGACUAAAGGAGUCACAGAAAAGGAAUGACAUUUAGUUAGAUUUAUGUACCCAACAUCUAGAAAUUUUGCUGUUCAGGUCAUUAUUAAGGAAGAGAAAAUGAUGCAAAAAGUACCAAAACAUUGAAAUGGACAUGUGCAUUCAAAUGUUUAGAGAAGGUCAAAGGCAUUUCACCUGUGAAGUUUAUCGAGCAUUUUAGGUUCAUCCUGACAUUUCACCAAGGAGCCAAACAUCCCUGACUUUUUCCUUUUGUUGAGGUGAGGGGGGGUCAUAGUAAUGUGAACAACUUCAGAUUUCAUUGUACUUCAUGUGUAGCUAAUAUCGCUAAUGUUAUCUGCACCAUCAGUUUCAAAAUACAAUUUGAGUGCUUGAAUUAUGAUUAAUUUGAUGACUCAUUUGUUAGAUUGUAAAUCUUAAUGACUACUUGUUGGCCUAAGGACCCAUGUGUGUGUGUGUGAUUUAUUUUAUUUUUCCGGUGUAAAAGGUUUUUUGUAACCCUCUGUUUGUUUUGUACAGUAAAACCUGCUUUGACUAAA